AACAACAAAUCUAUCGCUUUUCAUGCACCUCUAGUGCCGAAUUCAUGAAGAGGCAGUAAAGUUUUUUUAUUCAAAAAAAUUAAUAGUUAAUAAUUUGUAUAAUUGUUUCAUCGUGUGUAUUUUGUAUUCCUAAACCUGCUGUUCCCACUGGAGCGGUUUGUAUUCUGCUCAAUCUACCAGCCAUCGCAUUGGACCGGGUUGAAUUCAAGCGGCAUUUGGAAGACAAAAUUAAUCAAAGCAAGCGUGUUGCUUGUGGCUCGCUGUAAUUAGGUUAAAAGUAUCAACGACUGGCAAUAGCAGCAGCAGCAGCAGCACCAACGUGUGGCGUGUGUGUGGUUGGUUAGAGUGAGCCGCCCGCAAUAUCAAUCAAAACCAUGGCACACCAGCAGCAGAGCAUGGAUGCGGCAUUGUUCGAGCGACGACUGCGACCGGUCUACGACAAUUUGGAAGUGGGUAAUAAUCGUAAGGCUCUACAGGAAUCAGAGAAACUUCUACGAAAACAUCCAAAUUUACUUUGCGCACGUGCUCUCAAGGGAUUAUCUCUUCUACGUCUAGGCCGUUACGAAGAGAGCCACAGCUCCCUGCAAUCCGUAGCCGAGGAAAAGCCCGUGGACGAUUCUACCUUGCAGGUGCUUUCUUUCUGCUAUCGUGAAAUGGAACAACUGGACAAAAUUGUUGAACUCUAUCAACACGCUGUCAAACAGAACCCAGGGAAUGAAGAGCUGCUGGCACAUUUAUUCGUAUCACAUGUCCGCGUUGAGGAUUACAAGGCGCAGCAGGCCGUUGCCCUACAGCUGUAUAAAGCGCAACCAAAGAAUGCUUAUUACUUUUGGUCCGUGAUCAGCGUGGUAUUCCAGGGCAUACGUGGUCCCGAAUCCUGCACACCUGAGAAGCGUAAGCUGUAUCUGGCACUGGCGCAGCGUAUGGUUGACAAACACAUCAAGGAGGGCAAGCUGGAGACGGAGCAGGAGGCCUUCCUUUAUUUACACAUCUUGAAGUUGCAAAACAAGUAUCAGGAGGCCUGGGAGUUUCUUACCGGCGAGCUGUGCGCUAAAUUAUAUCCAGGUGCACCCGUUAGCAUGAAGUUUGAACUGCUUAAGGAGCUGGGCAAUUGGCUGGAACUAAAUAAGCUGCUACAACAACUUUUAGAAGCCGAUCGAGAUCGCUGGGACUACUACAAGGAGUAUCUGCAGAGUUGUUUCGAGCUUUUAAAGCAGCAAUCCGUGGAUCAGCCAGAGUCAACAUUUUCUCUCAAAACAUGUCACAAUUUUCUGUUGCACAUAAUUAAGACGUCGACGCGCAAGACCCGUGGUCCUUAUUUGGCGCGCCUAGAGCUGCAUCAGCGCAUGCGUGCCCAACAGAUGCCGGCACAGGAGCAAAUCGGUGAUUUUGACGAGCUAAUCAUCGAGUAUUUUCACCUUUUUGGCGAUAAAUCUUGCUGCACCCACGACAUAGCCUUAUUUCUACCCUCAAUCAGCAUGGAGCAACGACAAUCUCUAGCCAACAAACUCCUCGUGGAAAGCGGCAUUAGCUCAAGCUGCUUGCCGCAGAACAAGGAACACAUGCAGAAGCAUAUUUGUGCGUUGCAAAUUUCACGCAUGUGCGGCGUUCACAUUGAGCUACCCACAGAUCAUUUGGUCGCCUUUUAUACGGCACUCAAACUGCAUUAUGAACAUGGGCAUAGUUCGUUUGGCAGGGAACUGCUGUCUACGGAAAUGGGACCCUCAGAUCCGUACGCACUGCUGGCGGCAAAUGUUAUGUUCGAUGUAUCAAAGCGAGAGAGUAAAUCGGAACAUUUAUUUGAGGCGCUUUGCUUACUACAAUAUGUGCUACGUAACAGCACCAGUAACUUUCAUGUUAAACUGCUUAGCUUAAAAAUCUAUCACAUGUUUGGGUGCAUGGUUGGCGCACAGGAAAUGUAUGACUAUUUGGACAUCAAACAAAUUCAACUGGACUCCAUGGGUUAUGUGCACUGCAAUCUUUUGCCACUAUCCGGUCGCUUUUCAGGCGUUCGCAAUUGCUACGAUACCACAUUGAAGUUCUUCACAAAUAGCUAUAAGGAGCGUCUGGAAUAUAUUUCGUUGACUUAUCGCUUCUGUACAUUCUCAAAAAUGGAGGAGUUUAUGAACUUCAAGGAGCGCCUCACUAAUAGUUUAAUGUAUGUGGCCUGCUCGGUGGAGGCGCAACUUUGCGAUUUAGUUAGCUGCUAUGGAAGCAUCCAACAAAAUCUGUCGGCCUAUAUGGCCAUGAGCAUAGAACCUGCCGAAGAUCGUAUUUGCUGGAAUAAGUUAAGCGAUAAUCGAGACUUACAGGCAAUUAUUCGCUGGGAUCCUUUGCAUCUAGAUGACACAGAAGAGGAACGUAAGGAGUCAUACGAACAGGAGAUUGAGGUGCUGCAAGUCCGCUCAGUACUUCUUCGCUUGUUUGCCUCAUUCAUUGAUCUUUAUCAUGCGCCACACAGCGCCAAACUGGCUAUGUCGAAUGACAAGACAGCAACCCCAGCACCGGGAGACGAUAUAGCUACAGUUGAGCUAUUACGCACAUCAUGGACAGGCCUGUACCAGCGUCUUCGGCUGAUGAACUAUAAGCCGCUAUCGCAACGUUUUCUAGUCAAUUUGCUGCCGACUCGUCUUCACCUACUGCUUGAGCUGCCCUAUGAGCGUUUCUUUGAUGACUUAGCGCAGCUAGUGCUGGAUUUGUACAGCGGUUCCUCGCAACUCGCACUACAGUGUAAACGGGUUAGCGAGAAUGUUGUUUCUGUCAUGGAACUAUGCGUGCAGACUAUCACGGAGAGCAAUGAAUGGAAUGGCAUGGAUGGCCUGUGGAAACGCCGCGAACAUCAGCAAAAGGUUGCGGCUAGUUUGGAGAUACUCUCACUUUAUGCCUUUCUAUUAUCGGUGCUGAAUGACAAGCUGCAGUGCAGCGCAAAGACAAAAGCAAAAAAAAAACCAGCGGCUGAUAAUAAAACACAGGAACCGAUUAGCGAAAAAGAACGUAGUCAAAUGCUCCAGGAGCUGAUGCGUCAAUUGAAGCAUAAAUUGGAGGCCUGUGAUGCGGCCAUACGCAUAUGGAAACCACCUACCCUGCCACGUGAACUGAGCUCAUUCAUGGCCGAUAUGUCACUGAAACCAGAGGUGGAGGCUACAUUAAUUAGCGAUGUGUCCGCCACAUUUAAAGAAUCCCAUGAGCUGAUGGUCACCGAGUUACGUAAUUUGUUAAAAGACAAAAUACGCAUGAUUGGAAAAUAGGUUUCACACAUGAACUGACUUUGCUGUGCAAAGUCUUCGUUUAUCUUCCCAAAUGCUAUACAUCAUUUCUAUCAUCCGACGCAGCCUAACCCAAUUUGUUAUUUAAUAUUUUAAACAAGGCUAUUUAUAUAUGCCCCUCUCGCUAAUAUAAACUCCACUUUGUCAUCUACUUACAAUCACCAAUCAAAUUAGAUUCUUGUGCACAUUUUGAACUACAUAUUUUCGGCAUUUUUCUACAACAGAUAAGUUGUAAUCUUGUAACGUGUUCGGUUAAAAAAGAAACGAGAGCG